GUGGGCGGUUCUCCCAGCAGGCGUCAGCCCAAAGCAGUAUAGCUAAGGGAUGCUUCACUGAUUACCUGUGCCAGCCGUAACUAUUAGUAUUACCAAAAAAAAAAAAAAAAAAAAGGAGAGUUUUAAAUGUGAUGAUGGAGCACAAUGGAGCUUGGUCAUUUUGGGGCAUUGUACGCAAGGAGAAAGGUUUUGAGUUCUCCUCUGGAUUUUAUAUGGAGGCAGUGCAGUGAAGCUAACUGGAGGGAUAAGAUCUCUUCUACUAGAUCAGGUCAGUACUGGCUCUGCAGCAUUCUGAAUCAAGUGGAGACUUGUCACAGAGUUAUUGCGACAUCUUGAUAAUAAAGAUUGGACAGUAGUCCAGACAUGAGGUAAGAAUUUAGUUUACAAAUUCAGUUAAAUGGGAGAUAAUGGGUCAUAUGUUGUGCAUAAAAUACUGAACAUGGACACUGAAUAUUGACUAAAUUUCAUAAUUACUAGUGUCUCCCUGAAGCAAAUCUUGAGUAAAUCCUUAAAAGCUAUUAGUUUUCAGUCUGUGGCUUUUGAAUUUUUAACUAAUAUGAACUUAAUGUAGAAGUAAAAGACAUACAGAAGAUAAAGUGUUUUGGGUUCAUAGUGAAAAUUCCCCUUCUUUUUUAGGUUUGUAGUAUUCCCGUACAGACUUACAUGUAGGCAAUGAAGUAAGUAGUAAUUAUAGACACCAUAAUUAAAAAAAAAAGAAAAAAGAAAAAAAUCAGCAGGCCAGCAGAGUGUAGCCUCACAUGACAACUCUCAUACAGUAUAUGAAAGAGCUCAGUCAGCAGAGCAAGACAAAUACUUCCUCAGAAAAACCACAUGCUUCCUCUUCAGUGAGCAAACAAAAAAACGUGUCUUUGUCCCUCUACGCAUCCUCCUCGUCCUCUCUCUCGCUCUCUCUCUCUCUCUCCCUCCCUCUCCUGCUGUCUGUAUCAAACAUCCUCAGUGACACACACAGUCAAACCUUGGUCCUCUCAUACAUGCACGUGCAGACGAUCAUGCUGCUGAGUUUCACACAGUGUUUUAGGGCAGCUGUUAGGACUAAUUUUGUGCUUCUAGCCACGUAAAAAAAAUACCUUUUGUUUAUUACCUGUUUACUUCAUCACAACAACGCCAACAUGUUCCUGGCAAAGAUUUCUCUGAAGUUCUAAUCAAACAUACUAAUCCUUACGGUCAAGCAACAUUAAUAAUGAAACCUCCAGAUAAGCAUGACCAGGUUUGCUCUAAGUCAGUUCAGAGUGAUUCUGUUGCUCAGUCAUCUCUCAUCCAGUCAUUAUUGUACUCUGUCUGAGUGUUGCUGCUCGCGGAGAACCACACGGGGCUUCGGAGGCAGCCCCUUUAGGAUGUCAUUUCUUCACUAUCGGAGGUCACGUGUUGUGGCCUGGUUUCUGUGAAAACUGAGCACAAGUGGACGUUAACAGAGUGGCAAGACGAACACAACAUGAUAGCUGAAUGGUUGCACUUCAGCCUCUUAUUCAGUUUCAUUCUGACAUUCAGAGGGUCCCAGGCUACAUCUUGUGUCACCUUCUCAUCCACUAUGCGGCCGCUUUGUUACAUUGUGUUUAUUCUCCUGUGCAGUCUCUCUUUCCUCUCCUCUGUGCUUUCCAUACAGUGCAAAGAGACACAAUAUGCCUGGCCAAUGGACACAGCCACGUCUUGCUGUAACAAGUGCCCACCAGGUCAAUAUAUGGUCCGGCGUUCAACAACGUCUUGUGAGACUGAGUGUGCCUCUUGCAUGGGUGACCGAUACAUCGAUUCCUACAAUGUGGAGAUGAGUUGCACUAUUUGCAAAACAUGCAUAAAACCAAACAUGGAAUAUAAGUCUCAAUGUAAUGCCACUCAUGACGCUGUGUGUGGAUGUAAAGCCGGCUACAGAUGCAAAGACCAACCCUGCACACAGUGUGUGCUGAUAUCAGACUUCACCAAACCCUGGCCCUCUCUGUCCACUACAACCUCCACACCUGAAGACCUCACAACACUCCGGACACCCCCCAGAAAAAGAGAUACAGUGUGGUUCCUGGUGAUAAUUUCCCUCCUGUGUACUGGAAUUACUCUUGCUGUUGUAACAAAAAUCAAGCCCCUUCUGUGCUGGAUCAGGUCCAAGCAUGGCUACUUUUUGACUCCAAAAGCAGUACCUGGACCACCGGUAACACCAUACUCCGAGGAUGAGGAAGUCUCCAAACCCGUCCAGGAAGUGUGUGGGAAAUGUGACCAGCCUAUUGAUGUAUGAGUUAAAGACCAAACAGGUGUUGAACCUGAAAUUGGAUGAGCAAAAAUUAGCCAAGUGGACAUUUAGUGACAUAUAGCCGAUGCAAAAUGUCUUUUGCUGCUUUGGACAUUUAUGACUUACGGGGCCAAACAUCAGUCCGGUCCAUGCUGGCAAAUGGAACCACAGAGGACGUACUUUGAGUUUCAAGACUGAUACGGUUUCCUGAGAGGAGACAUGAUUGUGUGACAUCUGUGACGUUGAUAAAACUGGAUGAAGAGAAUGUGGGAAAAAAGUGAAAAUAGAGUGGGACACUGACAUGCACGAGUUAGAAAGUGUGCUCUGUGCUGCUAAAAGGUGGUAUCUACUAUGGUACGCAAAUGUUCAAGAUAUUUUACAUUUCACAUUUACGUGUAUAUAUAUAUAUAUAAAUAGACUUUUGCUGCAGAUGAUACAUAUUACAAAUGUUUUGUAAUAACUUACAUUUCUA